AUGCAGUCAAAUCUCAGAGCCCAGGCUGAGAUUCAGGCCCAGAGGAAGAAGCAGCUUGCAAAUUCGUAUAAACAGUUACUCGAUGAGUUCGCGGCGACCGAUCUGAAGACCGUCGGUAAUUAUACACUGGGGAAACUUAUAGGCAAAGGAAGUUUUGGCAAGGUCUACUUGGCAUCACACAAACUGAGCAAUGGCUCCAAGGUCGUGCUCAAGAGCGCGAAGAAGGACGACGCAAACCUCGCGCGCGAAAUCCAUCACCACCGCCAAUUCAUACACCCACACAUCGCCCGUCUGUACGAGGUCAUAGUCACCGAGGAGCUAGUCUGGUUGGUACUCGAGUACUGCCAGGGCGAUGAACUCUACAACUACCUCCUAGCCAAGGGCGCCCUCGAAGCCUCCAGAGUCCAGAAGAUCUUCACCCAACUCGUCGGCGCUGUAUCCUACGUCCACAACAAGUCCUGCGUCCACCGCGACCUCAAACUCGAAAACAUACUGCUGGACAAACACGGUGAUGUCAAGUUGGUCGACUUUGGUUUUACGCGCGAGUACGAGGGCAAGUCGAACUACCUGCAAACAUGGUGUGGAACUAUCUGUUACAGCGCGCCGGAGAUGCUUAAGGGCGAGAAGUAUGCGGGUGAAAAGGUGGACGUUUGGAGUUUGGGUAUCAUCCUCUACGCGCUUCUGGUGGGCGAGUUGCCUUUUGACGAGGACGACGAAAUGGUCACGAAAAACAAGAUACUGAAGGAGGAACCAAAAUAUCCGGAACACUUCCCGCAGCAAGCAAGAGAGCUGUGUUCGUCGCUCCUUUCGAAACGGCCGAUCUUGCGACCUACAUUGGCGGAUAUACUACAAAACCCUUGGUUAUCGGAACAUGCGCCUCGCCAGCAGGAGAUUCUGAAGCUUCAACAGCCGGCGCCUUUCUCGACGGAACUGGAGAAGGAGGUGUUGCAUCGUAUGCGUGCAGCUGGAGUGGAUAUUGACAUGGUAAUUGAGAAUGUGUUGGCCCAACGAUGCGACUCGUUGGCCGGUUGGUGGGCACUACUGCUUGAAAAGGAGGAACGCAAGGCAAAACGAAGAGAGCGCAAGCGCAAGGAGAAGGAAGCAGAAGCUAAGAGCCUCAGACGGUUGAGCGCUGCAAGUAGCCGACUGGACAAACUUGCGCCUACCAUCAGAGAAUCGGACGAAGAGGGUAUACAUUCCCCAUCCACACCAAAAAGUCGCGGUAGGACUAUAAAUCGAAGCAGCUUGCACGGUGCUCCCGAGCUACCCAAAUUACCGGAAUCACUAACCUCUCCCAAUCUUACCGUCGACGACAAGCCGCUUCCACCAAUUGAUACACAUCGGGGCCGUAAAUCCCAUUCCUCCUCGCGCCCGCCACCACCAGCAAAAGAUUUAGAUAGACGGCGAUCACGCAGUAGCAUGUUACAAGUCGUGUCCACUAACCCCGACCUCCUCUCGCCCAACGGCUUCGUGCCUAAGCGGCGCCGGAAGCAGCCCUUCAUCAACCACCUUUUGUCACUUAGGAAUUGGAUAAAGGAAACGUCGAAACGAGCACGAUCACCAGGCUCAAAGGCUAGCAGUGGCCAAUCCCCGAAAAUACCUCCAAUCUCCGCCAAUACCACACACGCCAGGUCCCCGACCCCGAGGUUCGACCCACGGCUCAGGCUCCAUGAGAAGGCUCUCAGCAUCCCCCGCCCCACUGACACCGCGAUCCUCAUAUCGUCGUUCCUCUGGUGGACUCCGAGGCCGAAAGUCUACAUCAUCAUCUGUAUCUUCGAUUCGCAGUAUGCCACACCACCAUCACUCGCACUCGAAAGCCUCAUCCACGUCCUCCGCCUCGCUCGCCUCUCCCGCCGUCUCCUCCUCCCCGCAACUCCCACAUCCUCAAGCUUUCCCUCCAACAUCCGCCUUGUACGUUCUGGAUUCCCACCUGGCCUCACAGAGUCCAGCGCCGCCUUCGGAAACGGUAAUAGUAUUCCUCCGCAAUCUCCAGGUCUGAUCUUCGCAAAGAGGAAGAGGAGUCCAUUCAAAGGACCCAUGCUUAAUGUUAAUACUGGGGCUUUAAAUGGCAGUCACGCAAACGGUAGCGGCUGGAGGAGCAGAAGUGGAGAUAGCGGUAUGGGUAGUAGAGGAACAAGUGUUCAAGGUCGAAGGAGUGGAGAAAUACUGGGCAUCACCGAGGAAGAUGAGGAGGAAGAGGAAGAAGUUGAAGAGGUUGAGACGUUUGGAGGCAAGUUGGGUGAAGGCGAGUUCGUUGAAGAGGAAGGGCCUGGGCCGUUGACCCCGCCUAAAGAGAAUUUUAAAGAGAGGGCUUGA